AUGGCAAAGGACUUGGAGGUGCAAGAGGGCAGAGCGGCGAGGGAUUACCAGGAUCCACCUCCAGCCCCAUUGUUUGACAUGGAGGAGCUUGGUAAGUGGUCGCUCUACAGAGCGGUCAUAGCUGAGUUUGUGGCGACACUUCUCUUCCUUUACGUCUCAAUCCUCACUGUCAUCGGCUACAAAGCUCAGACCGACGCAAACGCCGGAGGAGCUGAUUGCGGUGGCGUUGGGAUAUUGGGUAUUGCGUGGGCAUUCGGUGGAAUGAUCUUUGUUCUCGUUUACUGUAUCGCCGGUAUCUCAGGUGGUCAUAUAAAUCCAGCUGUGACGUUCGGACUGUUCUUAGCAAGAAAAGUAUCAUUGGUGAGGACAGUGUUAUACAUUGUGGCUCAGUGCCUUGGGGCCAUCUGCGGCUGCGGUUUGGUCAAAGCAUUCCAAAGUUCCUACUACACCAGAUAUGGAGGUGGAGCCAACCAGCUUGCGGAAGGAUACACCAAAGGUACAGGACUAGGUGCCGAGAUCAUCGGAACAUUUGUCCUUGUCUACACCGUCUUCUCAGCCACCGACCCCAAGCGAAGUGCACGUGACUCUCACAUUCCUGUUUUGGCGCCACUUCCCAUUGGUUUUGCCGUCUUCAUGGUUCACUUAGCCACCAUUCCCAUCACUGGAACUGGAAUCAACCCGGCCCGUAGCUUUGGAGCUGCAGUUAUCUACAACCAAGAAAAGGCUUGGGACGACCAAUGGAUAUUUUGGGUGGGACCGAUGCUCGGAGCAGCAGCAGCAGCGUUAUACCAUCAGUUUGUUCUAAGAGCGGCUGGAAUUAAAUCUCUUGGCUCCUUUAGGAGCUCUGCUUAAUUUUAAUUAUUUGAAUUAAGCUAUCAGUGUUUCAAAAAAAAAGAAUUAAGCUAUCAAAAAUGAUGAUUGUCUGUGUUAAGCGUAAGCUACCUGUAUCUUUUUAUUUAUUUUUGUGUUAUGUUUUUAAAUUUCUUGGAAUUUCUUAUUGGUUGUAAACGUGGUUUAUAUUAAUGUUGCUUUAAGAUAAACUAGAGCUGGACCCGUCC